AAAUAACUUGAAAAUUGUUUUAAAGAAAAAGUAAGAUAAUAAUAUAUGAAUACUUCAGCUUAUUGGUGUGCUGUCGAUCUUGAACUAUCGACAUUAAUCCUGCAACUCCUUUCUUUUUUUGUUCAGAUCUUUGAAAAGUCUUAUCUUUGCUAGACUCGAAAUGGCUGCUGGCAAGUAUCAAGAAUCCUACUCUCCACGGUUUCCUAAUUGUAAAUAUCAAGUGUUCUUGAGUUUUAGAGGUGAAGACACCCGCAAGAACUUUACCGAUCACCUCUACACGGCCCUGGUUCAAGCAGGGAUUCACACAUUUAGAGAUGAUAAUGAAAUUAGGAGAGGAGAGAAUAUAGAUUUCGAGCUCCAGAAGGCAAUACAAGAAUCAAAAAUAUCGAUAAUCGUGUUCUCCAAAGACUAUGCUUCGUCGAGAUGGUGCCUCGAUGAACUUGUAAUGAUCAUGGAACGUAAGAGGAAUGUGGACUGCCUAGUUUUGCCAGUAUUCUAUGAUGUGGAUCCAUCCCAAGUCGGACGUCAAACAGGGAGCUUCGCUGCAGCAUUUGUGGAACAUGAAAAGAGCUUCAACGAGGAGAAGGAGCGGGUGAGUGGGUGGAGGAUUGCUUUGAAAGAAGUUGCAGAUUUAGCUGGGAUGGUUUUAGGAGAUGGGUAAGUUGUAUCUCUUGAUGAAACUACACAUACCAUAAGACUAGAAUGCUGGUCGUGAACUCUUAAUUUCUUUCAGUUAAGUGUACUGAUAGGAAAACAUAUAAUAAAAAUAAAAUAAAAUACUUAAGAUUUCUUCGUUG